AUGAUCUCGAGAUCGGCUCUCGCGAGAAGCGCGCAGCAGGCCGCCCGCAGGUCCUGCAGCGUUCGCCCAGCCCAGCAGCGAGGCUUCGCGGCGGCCGCCUCAUCUGGCGCCUUUGAAACCGCCGAUGCCAAUGGCCUCAAGGUAGCAUCCAGGGACACUCACGGCCCUACCACCAAGCUCGCCAUUGUUGCCAAGGCCGGUACCCGUUACCAACCUCUUCCUGGCCUGACCGUCGGUCUUGAGGCGUUUGCUUUUAAAAACACGCAAAAACGAUCUGCCCUGCGCAUCAACCGCGAAUCCGAACUCCUUGGUGGUCAAUUGACUGCCAGUCACACCCGCGAAGCCCUUGUUGUCGGCGCCAGCUUCCUCAAGGACGACCUGCCCUACUUCGCUGAACUCCUUGCCGAGGUUGUCACCCAGACCAAGUACACUACCCAUGAGUUCCACGAGGAUAUCGAGCCUAUCCUGCACUUGCGACAGGCUGCCAACAGCUCCAACGUUGCCGCUAUUGCCCUCGACAAUGCCCACGCGGUUGCUUUCCACACCGGUCUUGGAGCUCCUCUCGCUCCUUACUCAGCUGUUCCCGCCCACAAGUACCUGAACGAGGAGCACGUUGCGAGCUACGCCGACGCUAUCUUCACCAAGCCCAAUAUCGCAAUUGUCGCCGAGGGUGCCAACGCCGAGGCUCUGUCGCGCUGGGUCAACCAAUUUUUCAAGGACGUUCCUGCCUCUUCCCAGAGCGGGCAGUCCCUCAAGACUGAAGCCACCAAGUACUUCGGUGGUGAGCAGCGCACCGCCAACCCCGCCGGCAACUCCAUCGUCAUUGCUUUCCCUGGCUCCGAUAUCAACGCCUCCAAGCCCGAAAUCGCCGUCCUUGCCUCGCUCCUCGGCAAUCAGCCCGCGAUCAAGUGGUCUCCCGGCUUCAGCCUUCUCUCCAAGGCCGCCGCCGCCACACCCGGUCUGUCCGCCUCUGCUUCCAGCCUUGCCUACUCUGAUGCGGGUCUCCUGGCUAUCCAGCUCACUGGUGCUGCUGCUUCGGUUCGCAAGGGCGCUGAGGAUGCUGUCAAGGCUCUGAAGGCCAUCUCUGAGGGCUCUGUGAGCAAGGAGGAUGUCACCAAGGCCAUUGCCAACGCCAAGUUUGAUGCACUGGACAAGGCUCAGCUCCGCGACUCCAGCAUCCUGCUGGCUGGCAACGGCAUCGUGAACAGCGGCAAGCCUCUGGAUAUCGCCAGCAUUAGCAAAUCUUUCGAUGCCGUCAGCGCUGACAAGCUCAAGACUACUGCCAAGGCUCUUCUUGAUGGCAAGGCCACUGUUUCCACUGUCGGCGAUCUGUUUGUUCUUCCUUACGCUGAGGAGAUUGGCCUUCGGGUAUAG